AUGAACAGCCACCCACCAUCCAGUUACGGUGACGAGCCACCAGCCUAUUUGGGCUAUGAGGCGUCCUCGUACCUUUCCGACCCGGAAUCUCCUAGCGGUGCGCCGCGACAGAAUGGCGCGACGAUGCGAUUGCUUCCCACCAGCGGCGACAUCGAUGGUGAUUUGAGUAGCAGCCCGCGGGCUCCCUCGCCAUUGCAGCGUCAAGCUGAUCAUUCUGAUUCAACUAUAACCGGGCAGGCGCCUGCAUACGAUGACCGGUAUUACAACGUACCCAGCGCAGCGUCACCAUCACGUCCACCGUCCAGCUUUGGGUAUGCCCCCAGUAUCCCGCCACCAACCGCUAGUCUAGCAGAUAGCUCAGUCUAUCCGUCAAUUCCCGCGCGAACAGGGUCGCCCACCCGCCCUUGGAGCCCAGGUCAUGUUCGACCUCCCUCCGUGUCGAGUGUUGGCUAUGAACGCGCCGAUAUCAAUGGUAGUCCGCGUCCCGGAACGCCCAGCUCAAAAUAUGGAGGCAGCCCUAGGAGACCUCUACCUCCGGCUCCCCUAUUCUCUGGACCUGCGCCGUCCAUGGGAGCAGACUCCAGCAUCGAUAUUGGAGACCGCAAUAGUGGAGAGGACCCUUUCGGUGGCGGUGGCCGGUCCAUCAACCACACCUCCCGCGGGAGUGUUCGAUCAUUCAUGAGCGAGUCAACUGUUAUGGGCGACGAGAAGGACGAGAUGGCCAAGGUCGAUCUGGAAGAAGAAGAGGAUGACGAGUCGUCCAUGAUCGAUCCCAAUCUGCAUUAUGGACCUGCGCCCGAGAAGCAAGGCCGCCGUGGUGUCCGCUCUACCCAGAUGGCUAAGAAGGAGGUCCAGCUAAUUAACGGCGAGCUGAUCCUGGAGUGCAAGAUCCCGACGAUUCUGCACAGUUUCCUCCCCCGCCGGGACGACCGCGAGUUCACGCAUAUGCGGUACACAGCCGUGACUUCCGACCCCGAUGACUUCACAAGCCGAGGCUACAAGCUGCGCCAACAGAUUGGCAGCACUACGCGUGAGACGGAGCUCUUCAUUUGUGUGACCAUGUACAACGAAGACGAAAUCGGCUUCACCCGCACUAUGCACGGUAUCAUGCGCAACAUCACCAACUUUUGCUCACGUACUAAGUCCCGCACUUGGGGCAAAGACGGAUGGAAGAAGAUCGUGGUCUGCAUUGUGGCUGACGGCCGUAAGAAGGUGCACCCACGCACUUUGAACGCGCUGGCCGCACUUGGUGUUUACCAAGAGGGCAUUGCGAAGAACAUUGUCAACCAGAAGGAAGUUACGGCCCACGUGUACGAAUACACGACGCAGGUGUCUCUCGAUUCGGACCUGAAGUUCAAGGGUGCCGAGAAGGGCAUUAUGCCUUGCCAGGUCAUCUUUUGCCUGAAGGAGCAAAACAAGAAGAAGCUGAACUCCCACCGAUGGUUUUUCAAUGCCUUCGGCCGUGCCCUGCAGCCUAAUAUUUGUAUCUUGCUUGAUGUGGGUACCAAGCCCGAGCCGACCGCCUUGUACCACUUGUGGAAGGCAUUUGACCAGGACUCAAACGUCGCUGGUGCCGCCGGUGAAAUCAAGGCCGGCAAGGGCAAGGGCUGGCUCGGUUUGCUCAACCCGCUUGUUGCCAGUCAGAACUUCGAGUACAAAAUGUCCAACAUCCUGGAUAAGCCUCUGGAGUCUGUAUUCGGGUACAUCACUGUGCUUCCCGGUGCGCUGAGUGCCUACCGCUUCUUUGCGCUGCAGAACGAUGCCGACGGCCAUGGCCCGCUCAACCAGUACUUCAAGGGUGAGACGAUGCAUGGCCAAGACGCCGAUGUGUUCACUGCCAACAUGUACCUUGCCGAAGACCGUAUUCUCUGCUGGGAGCUUGUCGCCAAGCGGGAAGAGAGAUGGGUGCUGAAGUUCGUCAAGAGCGCGGUGGGAGAGACUGAUGUGCCGGACACGGUACCUGAGUUUAUUUCACAGCGUCGUCGUUGGCUGAACGGUGCUUUUUUCGCGGCUGUGUACUCGCUUUUCAAUGCUAGGCAGAUCUGGAAGACGGAUCAUUCGCUGCCGAGGAAAAUCCUGUUGCACAUCGAGUUUGUGUAUCAAUUCUUCAACCUGUUGUUUACUUACUUUGGACUGGCUAAUUUCUACCUUGCUUUUUACUUCAUCGCGGGCUCGCUCACUGACGAGAAGCUUGAUCCGUUUGGCCACAGCAUGGGCAAUAUUAUGGGCUCCGUUAAUGAUUAUUCAAGUGCCAAAAACCUGUACCUCUCGGGCAUCAUUGUGUACGCCAUCAUAAUGCUCUACACAGUCUUCGCCGCGUUCUAUCUAACGGUCAAGGAGCUCAUGGCUCGCGCUGGCAAGGGCAGUGACGACUUCGACGUCAGCGAUUCGCUCAUGGUCAAUAUUGUCCUGUCCAUGCUGUCCACCGUCGGCCUCUACUUCUACACCUCCUUCCUGUAUCUGGAUCCAUGGCACAUGUUCACCUCAUCCGCGCAAUACUUCCUGCUCAUGCCUAGCUACAUCUGCACGCUGCAGGUAUACGCUUUCUGCAACACACAUGAUGUCACAUGGGGAACAAAGGGUGACAACGUUAUCAACACAGACCUCGGUGCUGCUAAGGUCAUCAACGGGACUACUGUGGUCGUCGAAAUGCCCUCGGAACAACUAGACAUUGACAGCGGGUACGAUGCCGCGCUGCGCAACCUCCGCGAUCGCCUGGAAGUGCCUGAGGCCCCUGUUUCCGAGUCCCAAAUGCAGGAGGACUACUACCGCGCCGUGCGCACGUACAUGGUGUCUAUAUGGAUGGUUGCUAAUGUCAUCCUCGGCAUGGCCGUCUCUGAGGUCUACGGCGUUGACGCGGGCGGCACGAACAUCUACCUGUCCAUCAUCCUCUGGUCCGUUGCCGUCCUCGCCGCUGUCCGUGCCAUCGGGUCAACGACCUACGCCAUCCUGAACCUCGUGCACAAAAUUGUGGAGGGGAAAACCAAGUUCGAUGCUGGAAAUAUUACCAAUUUCGCGCCGAGUUCAUUUGGCGGGAGCAGCGUUGGCGGCGGCACUUCCGAAGGAGGCAGUUCCUCGCGCCCGAUUCGGUACAGCGGUGGGCCUAGCUUUAAGGACCGCAUUGCGGAGGCUAGGUGGAGUGUCGGCCGGACUUUUGGCAAAGCUAUGUUCUGGCGGAAGUAG